CACCUGGGUGUGGGGGGGUGGGAUCUUUAUAAACAGCUAGAUGGCACAGUAAGGACCAUCAGCAGUUGGGUGAUUAGAGAAGACAGAUGGCAAUCUCAAGAAUAUCCAGACAGUGUACCAUGGCCUCUCUCUCUCUGUCCCUGGGACUGCUGGUGCUAUGCACCCUGGUUCUUGUACACUGUGACCUGCAUGACGGCCCCAUCAGGGUGUGGGCUAUUCGUGCCUCCAACCUGAAAGGACGCUUUUUCUCAAAACCAGACCCCUACGUCAAGGUGUGGUGCGGUUCAUCCUUUCAUGGCAAGAGCAACACUCUGGAGAAACAAGAAAACCCCAUCUGGCCCGACGAGUUCAACUUUGCCAACAUCAUUAACAAGUCUGUCCUGACGGUGGAGGUGUGGGAUGAUGUCAUCGGACUAGAUCGCCACAUGGGAACCUGCACCACAACCAUCCUCCCAGGAACACACAGUGAGACCUGCCACCUGAAGAGAGGCACCGUCUACUACUCCUACAGCUAUGGCUACAGUUGCUAGAUGGAACAGUAUGAUGAUUAGAUUGUGACCUUGCGUCUGCUUCUUUCACUCAUGUAUUCACUUCCUUAUAGCAUUAAAAAACGUGCUUUACAGCAAGA